AUGUGGCUCAUCGAUACAAAUAAACUCCAGCCCGUUGAGGUGCAAGGCGACCCUCGUCAGAGCUAUGCCAUAUUGUCACACACGUGGGGCAACGAUGAGGUAACUUUCCAAAGCUUCAAGGCCCUGAGCUCAGCCUCAGAUGUGGCCAAAAGCCCGGUUGUAGCAGAAGCAGUCGAGAACAUCCGCAUGAAAAGCGGUUUUCGAAAGAUACAAGAUGCAGCUAACCUGGCCAUGAGCCACGGGUACGGCUAUCUUUGGAUCGACACUUGCUGCAUUGAUAAAACCAGCAGUGCCGAGCUCUCGGAAUCCAUCAAUUCGAUGUACCGCUGGUACCAGAACGCAGCAGUCUGCUAUGCCUACCUAUCGGACGUAGAGCCCGUGGAAUCAGAUGACCCGUUCUCGGAGACCUCAAGCUUUCGGCGAAGUCGUUGGUUCACGAGAGGAUGGACGCUGCAAGAGCUUAUCGCGCCGAAGGUUGUCAAGUUCUACGCAAGGGACUGGUCCUACAUAGGCGAGAAAAGGUCAGGAAAUGCAUUUUGUCAGUUCCUAGCUAAAAUCACCGGCAUCAACAAUCAGAUCCUCGCGGGCACGGCCUCAUUAUCAGACAUCAGCGUUGCCAACAGGAUGCGCUGGGCCGCUCUUAGAGAGACGACACGACCAGAGGAUAUUGCAUACUGCAUGAUGGGCCUAUUCAAUGUCAACAUGCCACUUUUGUACGGAGAAGGCGACCGCUCCUUCAUCCGUCUGCAAGAGGAAAUUCUCAAAGAAACAGACGAUCAGUCUCUAUUCUUAUGGGGAAUGCCACCGGAUGUUUCUCCUAGCUCGGACGACCUAUUUGGCCUCCUCGCUGAAUCGCCAAAAUUGUUCUCUCAAGUGGAAAUUGGUCAUGUCCGGCCACUUCCUCCGUCGGAAUCUCAUGAGAGCUCACCUGCAAGUGUCACCAACCAGGGUCUUCGGACAAACAUGCUUCUUGUCCCUGUUAUGGAGUGA